AUGGGACAGGCUGUGACAACCCCCUUGUCUUUGUCUAUGGACCAUUGGUCGGAUGUUAGGGACAGAGGACGUUUAUUGUCAGUAGUUGUAAAAAAGGGGCCUUGGCAGACCCUUUGCACCUCUGAGUGGCCAACUUUCAAUGUGGGAUGGCCACCUCGAGGGACUUUUGAUUUACCCACCAUUAGAGCCGUUAGGGCAGUUGUUUUUCAGGAAGGAUCAGGGUCGCAUCCAGACCAUCAACCAUACAUCACCGUGUGGGAAAACUUGGCUCGCUAUCCACCCCCAUGGGUCGAGCCUUUCCUCCCACCUCGCCAACCAAGCUCCCGGGUCUUGGCUGUGCGAGAGGGCUCCACAGAAGGAAGACCGAAACCACGUCAGAAUGAAGGCGAGCCCAGCACCCCGCCGGUGUCCGUUUCAAAGAUAUACCCUGAUAUAGAAGAACCCCCUGAAUGGCCCACUCCCCUGCCCCCACCUUACCCCUCAGCUCCCCAACCUGCACCCCUGCCCUCAGCCCCCGAACUGGCCCCAGCCUCCGGGGCCACAGGGGGGCCCUCAGCAGGUACUAGGAGCCGACGUGGAGCCACUCCUGUAGGACCUGACUCCACCGUGGCACUGCCCCUUAGGGCCGUUGGGCCGCCCCCAACUGGCGAGAACGAGCUGCAGCUUCUGCAGUAUUGGCCUUUUUCCUCCUCUGAUCUCUAUAAUUGGAAAGUUAACCAUCCCCCUUUUUCAGAAAAUCCUGCAGGACUCACAGGCCUGAUAGAGUCCCUGAUGUUUUCCCACCAACCCACGUGGGAUGAUUGUCAGCAGCUCCUACAGACACUGUUCACUACCGAAGAGAGGGAGAGGAUUCUCCUUGAGGCUCGGAAAAAUAUCCGAGAUAAUCAAGGACGCCCCGCCACUCAGGCUGCUAUAGAUGAGGGGUUUCCCUUGACCCGUCCUCCGUGGGAUUACCACACGGCAACAGGUAGGGAACAGCUGUCCAUUUACCGCCGGGCUCUCGUGGCUGGUCUCAGGGGUGCAGCGAGAAAACCCACCAAUUUGGCAAAGGUAAGAGAGGUUAUGCAAGGAGCGACUGAACCCCCCUCUGUGUUCCUAGAGAGGCUCAUGGAGGCUUACCGUAGGUACACUCCUUUUGACCCUAUGUCAGAGGGGCAGCGAGCUUCUGUAAUCAUGGCUUUCAUUGGGCAGUCCGCCCCGGACAUUAGAAGGAGGUUACAGCAUAUUGAGGGAUUGCAAGAUUAUACUAUCAGAGAUGUGGUGAAGGAGGCUGAGAAAGUGUAUCAUAAGAGAGAGACAGAGGAAGAGAAACAGGAGAGAGAAAAGAAAGAAAGGGCUGAGGAUGAAGAUAGAAGGGAAAAGAGACAAGAAGAGAACCUAACUAGGAUACUGGCCGCAGUGGUAGGAGAAGGAAGGCGUCAGGGAACUGGUAGGGCUAGACAGACAGGGAACCUGGGUGACGGCAGAAGGCAGGGGCCAAGGAGACCCAAAAGAGACCAGCUGUUACUAGAGAGAGAUCAGUGUGCAUACUGCAAAGAGAAGGGCCAUUGGGCCCGAGAGUGUCCUAAAAAGAAAGAGACCAAAGUGCUGUCCUUAGAUAAUGAAGAUUAGGGAAGUCGGGGUUUGGUUCCCCUCUCCGAGCCUAGGGUAACUCUGAAAAUAGAGGGGAACCCUAUAGAUUUCUUGGUGGACACGGGAGCAGAAUAUUCUGUGCUUAAAAAACCUCUGGGAAAGAUACAAGAUAAAAAGACGCUGGUGAUUGGGGCUACAGGACAAAAACCGUAUCCGUGGACUACUUCUCGUACAGUGGAUCUUGGAAGAAACCAGGUAUCCCACUCAUUUUUAGUAAUACCAGAGUGCCCUACGCCCUUACUGGGCAGAGACUUGUUAACCAAAUUAAAGGCCCAGAUAAAAUUUGCCCCCUCUGGACCGGAACUGUCAUGGGGAAUUGAGACACCCCAUACGUUAAUAUUGUCCCUUCAGCUAGAAGAAGAAUACCGGCUAUACCAAGAGAGAGAGAAGCCCCCCGAGGAGCUUCAGGAAUGGUUACUUCGAUUUCCUCAGGCGUGGGCUGAGACAGGGGGCACGGGAAUGGCUAGACAGGCCCCCCCUGUGGUGAUUGAGCUCAAGUCUGAAGCCACCCCCAUUGGGGUCCGACAGUACCCCAUGAGCAAGGAAACCAGAGAGGGCAUACGCCCCCACAUUAAGAGACUGUUAGAACAGGGGAUUUUAGUCCCUUGCAGGUCCCCUUGGAACACCCCCUUAUUGCCAGUAAAAAAACCGGGGACAAACGACUAUCGUCCGGUACAGGAUCUUAGGGAAGUCAACAAGAGGGUACAAGAUGUCCACCCUACAGUGCCCAACCCCUACAACUUGCUCAGUACAUUGCCACCCACUCGAACCUGGUAUACCGUCUUAGAUUUAAAAGAUGCCUUCUUCUGUCUGAGGUUACAUCCAAACAGCCAGCCCCUGUUUGCUUUCGAGUGGCGGGACCCUGAGAGUGGGAGAACUGGACAACUCACGUGGACAAGGUUACCCCAAGGAUUCAAAAACUCCCCAACACUGUUAGAUGAAGCUCUACACCGGGACCUUGCCCCCUUCCGCGCUAAUAACCCGCAGGUGACUCUUAUCAUUUAUAUUGAUGACAUUUUGCUGGCCACAGAGACCCGAGAAGAUUGUGAACUGGGGACUCAGAAGAUCCUGGCUGAGUUAGGUGAGUUGGGGUAUCGGGUCUCUGCUAAGAAAGCACAGCUAUGUCGAACUGAGGUGACAUACUUGGGAUAUACCCUAAAAAAUGGACAGCGGUGGCUCACAGAAGCCAGAAAACGAACAGUCACACAAAUCCCAACCCCAACCACCCCUCGCCAGGUAAGGGAAUUCCUGGGGACCGCGGGAUUUUGUAGGCUUUGGAUUCCAGGAUUCGCCACUUUGGCAGCCCCAUUAUAUCCCUUGACUAGAGAAAAAGGGAAGUUCAUCUGGACAAAAGAACACCAGGUGGCUUUCGAAACUCUUAAAAAGACACUGCUACAGGCCCCUGCCCUAGCACUGCCAGAUUUAAGCAAGCCUUUUACCCUAUAUAUUGAUGAGAGAAAGGGGGUUGCCAGAGGGGUCCUCACCCAAGCUCUAGGACCUUGGAAGCGUCCGGUGGCUUAUCUGUCAAAAAAACUAGAUCCUGUGGCUAGCGGAUGGCCCUCUUGCCUGCGAGCGAUAGCUGCAACAGCCACACUGAUAAAAGAUGCUGAUAAGCUAACUCUGGGCCAGAAAGUGACAGUAGUGGCCCCCCAUGCUCUCAAAAACAUCAUCAGACAACCGCCAGACCUCUGGAUAACCAACGCUAGAAUCACCCAUUACCAGAGCUUGUUACUAACAGAGCGAGUGACUUUUGCUCCACCUGCCGUCCUCAACCCCGCUACCCUGCUACCUGAAGCUGAUGAGACCCCAGUACAUCAGUGUGAGGAGAUACUGGCUGAAGAAGCAGGGACCCGGUCAGAUUUGACUGACCAGCCGUGGCCUGGGGCGGAGACCUGGUUCACCGACGGAAGUAGCUUCGUGAAAGAAGGUAAGCGAAGGGCUGGGGCAGCGGUAGUAGAUGGAAGGACUGUCAUUUGGGCUAGCAGCCUGCCGGAAGGAACUUCGGCGCAAAAAGCAGAACUUAUUGCUCUGAUCCAAGCCCUAAAACUGGCAGAAGGGAAGUCUGUAAACAUUUAUACUGAUAGCCGAUACGCUUUUGCAACAGCCCAUGUUCAUGGGGCAAUUUACAGACAGCGUGGGUUGCUGACGUCUGCUGGCAGAGACAUUAAAAAUAAAAAGGAGAUUCUUGAUUUACUAGAGGCUAUCCACUUGCCACGAAAGGUGGCAAUCAUCCACUGCCCAAGACACCAGAAGGGGACUGGCCCUAUUGAAAAGGGAAACCAGAUGGCAGAUCAGAUGGCUAAAGAGGCGGCACACGGACCAAUGACUCUUAUAGCCAAAGUGGGGUCCCGCCAGGAUGAGAGGGCCCUGGAAAAGAGAGCCCUCACAGAAGAAGAGGGGCUAGAAUACCUGACCAGUAUGCACCGCCUCACCCACCUGGGGGCCAGAAAAAUGAUAGAACUAUCCAACAAAUCCCCUUACCACAUUCCUAGGCUCCAAAAGACAGCCGAAGAUCUGGUAAGAAACUGCAGGGCGUGUGCCCUCACUAAUGCCGGAUCCAGCAGGCAUAGUGGGGGAAAGCGCCUAUGGGGAGAUCGACCUGGAACUUAUUGGGAGGUCGAUUUCACAGAAGUCAAACCUGCCCGAUACGGCAACAAAUAUCUUCUAGUUUUCAUAGAUGUUUUCUCAGGGUGGGUUGAAGCAUUUCCCACUAAGAAAGAAACAGCAAAUGUAGUGGCCAAGAAGAUACUGGAAGACAUCCUUCCCCGAUUUGGAGUACCUAAGGUAAUUGGGUCAGACAAUGGACCUGCCUUCGUCGCCCAGGUAAGUCAGGGACUGGCCAGACAACUGGGGAUAAAUUGGAAGUUACAUUGUGCUUACCGACCCCAGAGCUCAGGACAGGUAGAAAGAAUGAAUAGAACUAUUAAAGAGACCCUUACGAAAUUAUCAAUUGAGGCCGGCGGGAUUGACUGGACAGCCCUUCUCUCCCUAGCCCUGUUCUGGGUCCGGAACACACCUGGACCUUUGGGACUAACACCCUUUGAGAUACUGUUUGGUGCACCUCCGCCUCUGUUUGAAACCCUAGAUAGUGUGACACGCCCUGAUGACAAUAAUUUUAUACCUUCCACCCACCUUUUAGCCCGUUUAAAGGCCCUUGAGACGAUCAGGAGAGAUAUUUGGGAACAGCUGAAAGACACUUACACCGCCGGAGAUCCUGCAGUUCCCCAUCAGUUUGAGAUUGGAGACGCCGUGCUGGUGCGGAGACACCGGGCGGGAAAUCUCGAGCCGCGCUGGAAAAGACCCUACCUGGUACUGUUGACAACUCCAACCGCCAUUAAGGUGGAAGGGAUCCCCACCUGGGUUCAUGCUUCACAUGUCAAAAGGGCCCCUCCUGAAACUAGUCCAGAUGAGUGGAUUUUGGAAAAGACUAAUAAUCCUCUUAAGUUGCGUUUAUGUCGUAAACGCAACCCUGAGUCAGGACAGCAACCCCCAUGCCCCGAUGCGACAAACCUGGGAGACCACACAGACCUAACUAAACCACCCACUGAAAGACAGUGUGUUCCUAACGGGAUAGGAGGCACACUUGGGUGCUCAGGACAAUUCUACCGGGCUAAUCUCCGGUCCUCAGGAUUUUAUGUUUGCCCUGGUCAGGGCCACAAUCGGAAGCUCCGACACAAGUGUGGGGGGACCUCUGAUUUUUAUUGCGCUACAUGGGGAUGUGAAACUACCGGUGAGGCCUACUGGAAUCCUACUUCCACAUGGGACUUGAUUACGGUAAAGAGGAAUAGCAGCUAUGAUAAGUCCAACCAAGGAGAGAGAGAUAGUUCUAAAUAUCCUGAGAAUGGGUGUGGAUUUGAAAAUAGUCCCAAUGGAGCCUGUAAAAACAGCUACUGCAACCCCAUAGUUAUAAGAUUCACUGAUGCAGGGAAACGAGACCAUCGGAGUUGGCUUAAGGGAAACAACUGGGGAUUGCGUAUAGAUGCUGCUGGAAAAGACCCUGGGUUAAUUUUUAAAAUUAAGUUGACCCUAGAAACCCCCUCUCCAACACCUAUGGGACCUAACAAAGUCCUUCUUGCUCAGGGGCCCCCUCCAAAGUCCCUUACUCAAACACCAGUGCAACCUGCGCCAGUGACUGCUGGUCCUUAUUAUUUUACCCCCUCACAAGGCCCCAAGAUCUUGACCACACCACCCGAUCCUUCGACAGGACAGAGACUAUUUAAUUUGGUCGUUGGAGCCCUCCACGCUCUAAAUAAUACAAGCCCAGACUCUACUGAAUCUUGCUGGCUAUGUUUAGCAAUAACACCCCCAUACUAUGAGGAAAUCACCAUGAACGGUGCCUUUAAUAACACCACUUCCCAUCACUCCUGCACUUGGGGAACUGAGAGAAAACUAACUCUAACUGAAGUAUCGGGGUCAGGUUCAGGACUCUGCCUAGGCACUGCAGGAGCCACAAGUUACCGUGCAGACAUGGCCAAGUUCAUGAACAACACCACACACCAGUCUGGCAAAUGGCACAAAAAUGGCAUCAAGAAAUCCCGGUCACAAAGGUUCAAAUCUCUUAAGGGGGUUGACCCCAAGUUCCUGAGGAACAUUCGCUUUGCCGAGAAGCACAAUGAGACAGGCCUGAAGAUACAGGCAAACAAUGCAAAGAGUUAG